AUGGGAGACACUCCGCUGGCCUCGUUGUCUUUGACUCAUGUUCAUUACAACCCCGACGACCAGCUGUCCUUUGCUUCAGCUUGGUUGGCCUUGAUUCCACAGGCACUAUGUGUCUCCUAUGCGACCUUGAUCUGGUCAACCAGAGAGGUUGAGGUGAUCCUGAUGUUUGUUGGCCAGAUGGCCUGUGAGGGUCUGAACUUUAUCCUGAAGCGAGUCAUUAAGGAGGAGCGACCGAAGGGUAGGUGUCACAUCGGUCGGACCGUUGGAACCCAACUGACACGUGGAACAGAGAUGUUCGGUAAAGGCUAUGGAAUGCCUUCUUCCCACGCCCAAUUCAUGACCUUCUUCUCCGUCUACCUCACCUUCUUCCUGCUGUUCCGUCACAGCAAAGCUUCCGCCAGCUCCUACCCCAACGUUGCCGUCCUCUUGCGAUUCUUGGUUAUGUUCGCCUUGUGUCUGGGAGCUGCUGGCGUCGCUGCUAGCCGAAUCUACCUCAACUACCACACCCCGAAACAGGUUCUCGCCGGCUGUGCUGCUGGAUUCACGUGUGCCUGUGGCUGGUUCCUGAUCACCAGCUUGCUCCGUCGCACCGGGUGGAUUGAGUGGGGACUCGAGCUGACCGUCUCCCGUCUGAUGAGAGUUCGUGACCUCGUGGUAAGUGAAGACUUGGCCGAGGCCGGCUGGCAACGUUGGGAGACCCAGAGAUUGAAGCUUCGCGGUAGUAAGAAGGAGAAGAAGUCGGCGUAA